GCACUGCGUGCACGAGCGCCCUGGGAAGCCGUUCCUCAACUUCGCCGAGAACAUGAACUGCCACCAUUGUAGGCUGGCGAAGGGCCUACGCUUCAAACGCUACGUUGUACUCAAGGAGCCGUCGACGUGCAUGUGCCGGCGGAGUGGUUCGGGCAAGGGGUCUGAUUCGCCGCGGGCCCCAGACUCGGCGGCCGAGGUGCAGAAGCUCUGGGCCCAGGGCAUGCAGCUGCAGGGGCAGCUCAAACAGGCCCGCGAGACCCUGGACAAGCAGCUGGCGACUGAGCAGACGCAGCCGCAGCAGGAGCUGCUGGCGGUCGUGGACAUGCAAGCGGCCAUCGAGAAGGAGAAGGCCCCCGUCGUGCAGCAGGAGGCCGAGCUGGCGGACUUCCAGCGCCAGCAGGCUCUGCCAGUGGCCGCGUCGCCGCAGACCGCUGCCAUGGAGGCCUCCUGUCCGACGCUUCUCCAGGCAGUCCCCGUCAUCCAGCUGGGCGCGGACAAGCUGGCGGCUGCGCUCGUCGGGCUGAGUGCCCAGGUGCCAGACGACCAGACCUCCUCGGCGCAGAGUCUGGUGCGGCAUCUGCCCCAGUGCACAGCCCAGCAGACGCUGCAGCGAUGCCCAGCUGCGCCCCUGGGGCCAGCGGCGGAGGGGCAGGCGCAGAGGCGGCUAACUCGCCGCCGCGCCUGGCUGCCCUGGCCAACUGGUUCGACGUCGCCGAGAUGCGGAAGCGAUUCGAAGAGGGCGGAGCUCCAGUCCCCGAGUCCGAUCGCCGACGAGGGCGCGCAGCUGGCCUCUCAGAGUUUCAGGGCCGCGGCGGUCGCGGCCAUGCCGAAAGGG